AUGUUGAGAUCUCCAGCAACUCCCGCACUCAAGACGGUGCGUGGCUUCCACAAUACCCCGGCUGCAUCCGGCGAUGAGGACUCCGACUACUGCCUCUCGCCCGACCCCCGUAGGGGAUUGACAACCAAGAGCAGCAGAAGCACGCUCAUGGUCGACGACGUUGUCAGUGCCAAUUGCAGCCCGGCUAUGAGGCCCGUUCUUUCGCCCGCCAUGAGUGGGAUUAGCAUGCUACGGAUGCACCAGGAUAUUCAGUCCCUCAGCCUGGACACUGCUGCCUCUUCACGUGCGAGCUCCAUGACGUCGAAGCUUGGUCGCCGUGUUCUUUCUGGUGGCCUGGUCCGCCAAAGUGGUUACAAGCGCAGCAACAGCAGCGGCACCAGCUCCGGGGACGAGACGGCAUCUGUGGCCACCGAGGCCUACGAAAUCAACCUCGAGCACGAUUUUGCCGUCGAUGGGAAUGUUACCACUACAAUUGGAUCUACUGAAGCCGUGGAGAUUGGCCCUGAGGGUGGUGUUGCCCGCUCGCAGAAGAUGACUGCGGAUGAUUUUGAGCCCCUGCGGUGCUUGGGCAAGGGAACAUACGGCACUGUCCUGCUGGUGAAGCAACGUACCACUGGUCGUCUAUUUGCGCAGAAGCAGUUCAAGAAGGCUUCCCUCGUCGUGCAUAAGAAGUUGGUUGAGCAGACCAAGACGGAACGCCAGAUUUUGGAAAGCGUCAAUCGUCACCCUUUUGUGGUUAAGCUCUUCUACGCUUUUCAGGAUCAAGAGAAGUUGUAUCUUAUUCUUGAAUACGGCCAAGGCGGUGAGCUCUUCACCCACCUUAACACCGAAAAGAUGUUCUCGGAGCCGACGGCGGCCUUUUACAUGGCGGAAAUGGUUCUUGCCCUGAGCCACCUUCAUACCACACUAGGUGUCGUCUAUCGAGACCUCAAGCCCGAGAACUGCCUCCUCGACUCCGAAGGCCACCUUCUUUUGACCGACUUUGGCCUUUCCAAGGUGGCGGUUGAGUCUGAGGAGUGCAACUCGAUGCUUGGUACCGUGGAGUACAUGGCUCCCGAGGUUAUCCAAGGCAAGAAGUACGGCCGCUCGGUUGAUUGGUGGUCUCUUGGUGCCCUUGGCUACGACCUGAUGACGGGCAACCCUCCGUUCCGUGGAGGGAACAACGCCAAGAUCCAGGAGAACAUUGUCAAGCAGAAGCUCAUCAUGCCCUACUUCCUGACUGCGGAGGCCAAGGACCUGUUGACGCGGUUACUGCGCAAGGAUCCUGCUAAGCGUCUGGGCUCAAACAUGCCCAAGGAUCUGGACACUAUCAAGAAGCACCGGUUCUUCCGCAAGAUCGACUGGAAGAAGCUUGCCGCUCGUGAAAUCGAGCCUCCUAUUCAGCCCAUGAUUACGGAUCCAGAGCUCGCUGAAAACUUUGCGCCCGAAUUCACUGAGCUGAACCUCAGUCCAGUUGUUAGCCGGUUCGAGGAGCGAUAUGCGGCCGCCCAUGCUAAUGACGACCUUUUUGGAGGAUUCAGCUUUGUUGCGUCGAACAGCCUCUUGGAUGGCGAUGGUUUUGGAAUGCGCGUCUAG